AAGAUUAGCUCGUACCCCUUUAGGAUUCCAGUGACAUGAGUGUUGCUUAAUUGUCUAACAAAACUUAAAAUUUUUUCUUUAUGUAAUAGACUUAAAAAAAGAAUUAUGGCAUUGGCCGGCCAGUCUGUAGUUCUCUCCAAGUUCAAAAUCAUUACGAACCAAACGAUGUAUUCUUAUAUUUCUUUUUGUUGUUCACGUAUGGUCCAAAAGAAGCUAAUAAUAUUAUUAAUAAAACCUUUUGUACACGUGAUUUUUUUUUUUCUCCAAAGGAAACAAAAGAUAAUUGUUUGUGGCCGUCGGUUGAUACCCUUUUUUACGUCCCUCCAAAUAGUUGGGUGCCUAAAUUGGGUGUUUGCAAAUCGGUUCUUUGUGGGAUCAUCAUUUGUGGCAACAUGAACAAGAAUACACUCUAAAAGUCUCUACUCUUAUAUCUUCUUCUAACUUAUUUCUCAUGGCAAAAAAAAAAAAAUAUUUCUAAAAUCAAAUUGUUUCGAUGAAAUAAGGUUUUGAGUAACACUACUUCAGUUUAUUUCUAAAUUAGAUUCGCGAUAUUGGAUAUUCAUAAUUUUAAUGGGGUUUUCGCUAUCUUUAUGUUGUGAAACACACACAAUCAUAGAAACACUAACAUUGAAAGUGUGAAUUGAGUUGAAAGGAAGGAAUUCGCGAGAUAAUCAAUAUUGUCUUUCUGCGUGUGCAAUCAUAUGGACUCACAACUAGACUUGUUUGGCCCUUCACACAAAUGAGUUUGACCUAAAUUGGAUUCAAUCCAAACUCAACGCCAGAACCAUUAAAAAUGCAUACGAAUUCAUUUGAGUUCGAUCCAAUACCCAUACAGGUCAUGAAAAGUGGUUGACACCCUUAAACUUGCAGAGCCCUGGAUGUUGUUUUCGACGAGGAAUUUUUUUUGCUGACAUAUCGUUACAAGAAGUUGGUCUGUUGGGAUUACCACUGAUCUUGAACUUGAAGAUCGCAGAUUCAAAUCCAUCCGCACCUAACAAUUAAUAAAAUGAAACAUAUAUCAACCUUAUAACGGACCCAAGCUCCAUCCUGGAGUUCAGGUCUUCUCAACACAGCUGUGUACAGAAACAAAAGACAUUGGGUCUAUCGACCUAGAGGAGAGAACAAAGAACAAGUCUUUUAAACAACAUUUAGUGGCCGGCGAAGAUAACCAAAAUCUUAUAACAACAAUUACUAAUUAAUUAAACCACUUUCAAACACCAUAUAAUUACUUAAUUAAUGAUUGUCUUGAAGCUUAAUUACAGCUCUUUCCUCUGUUUGCCUGUUCUGUAGCCCUUCCCCUGUUCCCCACACCUUUCACCAUCAAACCCUAAUACAAAACCAAUAAUCAUAUUAACAGUUGUAUCCAAAACCAAUGUGCUCAUUCAUAUAUAUAUAAAUUCCCUUCCUUGAUCUCCCACCCACAUUUCAUUUCCAUUACCUCCUCUGUGGGAGCCGAUCGCACCAGAGAAGCCGGCCGGGAAAAGGGUAGAUUAAUGGAGUUGUCGAUUUCCAGUCAAAGAUUGUUUAGGGAGAAAUCCGAGAUCAAGCGGGAAAAGGUUGAUGAUGAGGAUGAUGGCGAUGAUCGACCGUGUCUUCAAUUGUUCGGUGAGAAAGUAGUAUCGAUGACCAAAGAUUAUAGCAACGAGGAAACAGAGGUAAGACGAAACAGGGCAGCGAGUUUAAGGUUGAGAGAGCCAUCAUCAGUGCCGACGCCGGCAGCAGAUGACGGUGAUGGCGAUGACGAUCCCCGCCGCCGUUGUGGUGGGGGAAUGCGUAUGAUAAGCAGUUACCAUGAAGGUUUGACUCAUUUCCGGCUAGGUGGCGCCACCGGCGCCGGCGGCCAUCAGCAGCGCCGCUCUACCCUUCUUGAAAGCCAGAUGCUUCCCGGGAUGAGUGCUACUGCAACGGCCGGCGGGGAACGGCAGUCUUCAUCCUCUGCGCCGAAACAACUGACGAUGUUCUACGCCGGGAUGGUGAAUGUUUUCGACAACAUUCCGGCGGAGAAGGUGGAAGCCAUUGUUCUGCUAGCUCGGGAGAGCUGCUCGUCCAAAGCAAGAGGAGUGCUGCCCAAGUUAGACAUGAUGAAGAAGAUGCAACCUCAGCAGCAUAAUACUCCUCCAGCUUGUCGGCCGAAAUUUGCAGGAGGAGGAUGCAAGCUCCAAGCCGACCUGCAGCAGCUUCCAGUUGCCAGGAAGAUAUCACUGCAACACUUCAUGGAGAAGAGACGACUCAGGAUAACGAGCAAGUCUCCAUAUUUUGCUUCCUGCACAGAGCAGCACCAAAACGGUUUAAGAACGAGUGGUACUCAAGAUCAUGAUGAAGAAGAAGGAGAAGAACAUAGGAGUGAUGAUCACAGUGCUCGCUCUAACAAUGGAGAUCGUCAUAAGAUUUCACUUUCACCGUUUCCUGCUCGUUCAGGGUAUUUUUUGUCAUCGUCGUCAAACAAGCACUAAUUAAGACAGACACUUAAAACAAGUUUGACAAAAACAGUAGCGAUUUGUAAUCUGAGCCAACGCUUUGCGUUGAGAAGUAGAAAGGGAUUGAGACUAAGGGUGACCAAAACCUUUGAUAAUCAUUAUCAAUCGUUGAUGUUUCUCUGAUUUGAUCUGCACCGAUAAAUAUAUUUUUUCCCCCAUUUCUCUAACAAUGACCUAAAAUUUUCAUGUUCACUACCUUGACAAUAUCAAAGGGCGAGACAUGGAAUGAAGGUUGCCGUAUCCUAAACUUUGAGAAUGUAGAGGCCUAGCUAGAAACCAAGAAAAAAAAAAACAUAAAUUAAAUGUCUAAAACGCGUCAAUACACAGGAUGAAAUUUGAAAAAAUUACUGGAAUCGUGUUAAAAAAACUAAUCAGAAAAUAAAGUAUUCAUCAUAUUCACAGACAGCCGCUGAUAGACUUAUGUAAGAAUAGUUUCGAAAAAUCAUUCCCCGUUGUCCUAUCCACAUCUUGUUUCUCAUUUCCAACCCAAAUCCUACUAAUUACCAGACAUCUAUCUACUCAUAACUCUCAUCUUCAAUGCAGUAAAAAACGUGAUUCUACCUAGAAGCGGUUGGGUGACCUAGAAGCGUAAAACCGUAAGCUUUUAAGUUUUAAAGCGUAUAUUUUGACUACAUUUGUAAGGUAAAAUCAUGAUUCUACAUAGAAGCGUUUUGGCAACCUAAAAAGGUAAAAGUGUAAGCUUUUAAAUUUUAAAGCGUGAUUUUGACUGCAUUGCUCAUCUCACCUUCGAGACAUUUUUUAUAAAUGUUCAAAUACUCACUUGCAAUCCAUCUCGUUCUCAUGACUUCUUUAGAUGAAUUUUCACUCUUUCAUGAGAUAGCGAAGCAAAACGAAAUUCGGUUUGUACUCUGUUAACAAAAGCACGAAAAUUUUAUAGAUGGUAAGUACUUGUAUGUUGAGACUUGAGAGCAUAUUCAUGGAAUGCUACCUAAUCCUUUUAGGUUAAGCCUGGUAAUUGGAAGUUAGCACAAGAACAAAUGCCUUGUCAUAGCCAAACAUCCAUAACAACCUUGAUUUUUAGGUUUCUAUGUCGACUCUUUUUUAUCAUUGUGAAACCAAAUUCACCCAAAUCUUCGUUUGUUCACCCACCAAGAUGGUGGCCCACCAGAUAAUAUUGAUCCGAUCCAGUCGUGCCGACUAUAAAGAGUUUGUGAUGAA